AUGUCCAGCCAGGCCAGCAGCGCGCUCCUGGCGGACGCGCCGCCAACCACAGCAGGCUCGCCCUCGGAGACCUCGUCGCCGUCUGCUCGACCCGACCGCCCUCUUUUGGUACGCGACGCGGGCUUCUGGACGGCGGUGCUCACGCUCUGCAACGCCGCACUCGGCGCGGGGCUGCUGAGCCUGCCCUACGCCGUCGCGUCGGCCGGUCUGCUGGUCGGCUCACUCUCCACCUGCGUCCUGAUUUGCGCGUCCUUUGCGUCGCUCUGCGUCAUCAUGGGGCUGAUGGCGCAGGCCGGGCCGUCGGUCACUUCGUUUGGCGGUCUCGUGCGCUGGGGCUGCGGACCGGCCGCGUCGAAUGUGGUCGAUGGCUUCGUCUUCCUAAACUCGUUUGGCGCCUGCGUCGGCUAUCUCGUCCUGCUGGGCGACGUCGUUCCUCCCAUCGUCCUCGACGCGGUGCCUGCAGCGAAGAGCAUGAGCGCCGGCCAGCUGCGUGCAGCGGCCGCCUCGGUCGCGUCGCUGCCCUGCCUCCUCCUGUCGAUGCUGCGCCGCAUCAGCGCGCUCCGCUUCACCGCCGGCGUCGCCGUGUUUGCGUGCUUCUUCACCGCGGGGCUGCUCACCGCGCAAGCGGUCCAGCACCCGUGCCGCCCUGGCGACUGCUACGACGGCGCCGGGCGAAACGGCUGGUGUACCGCCGCGCAAGCGGCCAAUGCCAGCAGCGCGGCCGCGUGCUACGCCGAUCGGCCGACCGCGGGCGUGUCCCUGUGGCCGGAGAGCGCCGCCUUCGUCUUUGCAGAGAUGCGGCCGGCGCUGCGAGAGUCGAGGCCGCGCACCGCCGUCGCCGCCAGCGCGGUCUCCCUCCUCGCCUUCUUUUACCUCACCGUCGGUGCCGUCGGCUUCUUGCGCUUUGGCGCGCAGACCCAAGGGGAUUGCCUCCAGAACUUCUCGCCGACCGACGCGUCCGCCGGCAUCGCUCGCGUCGCGGUGGCUCUGACGGCGCUCUCCGCCUUCCCGAUGCAGCACUUCCCGGCGCGAGGGAUCCUGCACCGCUUGUGGCGCCUCCUCGUCGAUCGGGCGGUGAGCACACGACCGCCCACCGCCCGCCCCGCCGGCAUGUCUACUCUCUUCCUGCUGCUCGAGCCCGUCGGCUGGGUCGGCGUCACCCUCCCGCUCGCGCUCGUGCUCGGGUCGGACCUCUCCUUUGUCUUCGAGCUGAGCGGCGCACUCGUCGUGAACGGCGUCGUCUUCCUCGUGCCCGCGGCGCUGCUGCUCGCACUGCGACGGUCGCGCCACCUCGCCGUCGCCUUUUUGCUGCUCGGGGCCAGCCUGACCGUCUCGGGAACCUUCAUCUCCAUCGACGAGAAGAUCCGCGCCGCGCGUGCGGAGGUCACGGAUCUGGCCUCAAGAGGCGGAGCAAGAGGGUACGUGUAUGCUGAGUGA